AUGGCGGACGAUCAUGAAGAACCUCCUGCUCUUUUUGACGAUGAUGCUGACACAUCCGAAACCAAGACGGACGAGGUUACAGACUCCAAUCCCUUCAACAUCGGAGAUACCACAGAAAUCACGCUAGAUGACGGCAAACCAGAGCCUGAUGACAGCUCCCAAGAUGCUGAUAAAGGGGCCGCCGAACCCGAUGAGGAAAAGUCGGACCUGCCUACCUCCGCCGCAGCGUCUGUUGAUGUGACAAACCUUUCGAAACCGAGUGAAGAAGAAAGUCAGGUACCUUCGAAGGAAAAGGCUGAGGUAAGACUUGAGGCUAUUGUGCAUUUUAUUACUGUUUUUUGAGUUGUUUUGAUUGCAGUUUCGUUGACCUUUUGAGCCUCGCAUCGGGAAGCUAGUAUCUUGUUUCUCAGUGCAUGUAGUGCUAUUCAUAAAUCGAUCGAUUAACUCCAUGUUGUAUGACUAAAUUAAAUGGGCUAUAUUACCCGCUGAUAGAUAAGAAAGGUCUUAAAUGGCAAUGAUCAUUUCAAAGUCGAGUAAUAAAAUAAUCAUCGGAUAUUCUGGUAUUCAUACCAAAUCAAGGUAAAUUCAACAAUAUUAUAACUUGUCAUGAGUUUUAGGAAUCAUAAAAAAGCUUUACUUUUGAAUGUUCCUGUACAUGAGACGUUUUACGUAUUAAACAGAGGAAGUUGGUUCUCAAGUAAACGUCUUGUGGUAGAUCUGUUAUGCUGGGCAAUGAGAACGCUAAGCCUUGCCAUAAAUGUAACAAAAUGCCAAAGGAUGACAACACCUUGUUUUAGAACCAAUAAGUGAUUCCAUUAACCUGUCUAACAGACUUGCUUAUGUCCUUUUUGUUUGUGCCUACUACUGUUGUUAAUCGUAUUACUAGGAAAGUCACCUGAACUGGUUGUGUUUUCCUUAUUUUUAAGACCCAUCCUGUCGAAGUUUCAAGUUUUUGAAAUUAGUUUGGCAAUUAGCCCUCGGACAUACACACAAACUCAUACCCCCACAGUGGUACAAGGGGGGGCUGAGGGGGGUGGAUGGAACCCCUCCCCGGGGUUUCUGAUAUGUUGCAGUAUUUCGAAAAGAUUUUGCCUUUAGUUGAAAGCCUUUGAUCUGCUUAACAAGAUGAAGUAUGUUUUAUGAGUGGUGGCGCUGCUGGAGGCCUGUGGUGUUACCAACAAUGGUCGCGAUCAUGGCCACCAUCAUGACCAUGAGAAAUGGUAUUUUUUUUGUGUUUUACAUGAAAAAUAACACAUAAAUAAGCACUUUGCAUGAUUUUAGCUAUAAGAUUUACUUUUAUUGUUGAAAGAAGUUGAAAAAACAUGUAUUUUCACUCAAAAAUGGCUUGACCACCUGCUACUUGUGACAUCAUAUCUCAUAACCAUAGCAACUGAGCUUCUCUAAGCAUAUCUCAAAAUGUGCGCAAGGGAUGAACAAACAGAUACUAAAAACGUCAGGUGCUGAUGUCUUAUCCUCUAGGAAAAAACUCAGAAAAACCUUAGGGGGGUUGGCAUCCCCCCACUUGUACAUCUGAGGGUUAAUUGAGCUGUGCAGUGAAUCUUGUAUUAAGCAAAACUGAAUUAGGGGGUCGCCCUCAAUUAAACAGCCACAUGCCAAAGUCCUGGAAAACUGACCUGUAUUAAGUCGUCAACUCUAUCAAGUGGUGGUGAUCACUUUUUGUCCCAACAGUCAAGUUAUUUUUUAUUGUCUUCACCCCUAACUUAAAAGUGGUUGCUUUUGUCAGCAUCACACUUGAGCAAUAGACACACUGUGAAUGGCAUUUAGUGUUCUUUCACUUCCUUUUUUGGCACAAGAAUGUGUAGAAACAUGCAUGUUGGAUGUUUUGCUCUGCAGCCAUCUUCAUUUUCUUGAAUAACUCUUAGGUUUGUCAAACCUUAAAAAUAGGUUAAUUUUAUACAAGUAUUUUAUCCCCAUUCCCUUGACCCUCAGGUUGUAAAAUCAGUGUAACAAACUUUGGUUAAGGCAAAGUCUCAUCCCCCAUACCCUGCACAUGUAUUUUUUAAACUAGCAGUAGCCAUUGGCUAGGAAGUGCGGGCGAUACCACUUUCAUAUGAAUGUGAAUGCCCUUUAUAGGAAUCACUGUGGAUCAUGAAAACUGGAUUUGCAUGUAACAACACAGUAAACAAGACUCAUAUUUAAUUCAAUGAUUAUAUUUGCAGUUACUUAGAUAUUGUUCAAUUAGCGUGUGAAUGGUAAGGAGCGAGUAGAGAUGUUUGUAUUCACCAGCAAAGAUACAUUGAAACAGAAAUGCAAGAUACAAGUAAUGCAUCUAACCAGUCAUGCAAGAAGUCUUAAAUAUUCAAUCAAAGAUUCAAUCUAUGUACGUUGACCAAAGGUGGCUGAUAUGAAAUAGAAAAAUUACCACUAGGUUUUAAAGCUUAUUGAAGCUUUCAGUUGACGUGGGAUGUAAGAUGCUUGGAAACAUAUAAAAAUAUAAAAGCCAUGCACUGCAAUGAAACCUGAAUAAACUUAAUUUACAUCAAUUUCUAGACUUUGCUAGCACUCGCAUCUUACCAAAGACUUGUCCCGCAUUUAGCUGAGAUCAGGCUGAACUUUUAGUUUCCUGGGUAAACAGAUUCCCGGACAGCAAGGCGAAGUGAAAAGUCUCCCAUUUAGUUCAGUACUUGCCUACCUGAAUUACAUGUGCUUGCGAAUCGAAUGUAAUGAUGAUUGUUGUAUCACUUGCAUGUGCAUUCACUUGAUUACUGUGACAUCAGAUGGACCUUACACUGUAAACUCAAUAUCAGGGUCUUUGCAGCCACAUACCUUGCAUAUUAGUCAUUACAACAUGGGCAUUCCAAGAAUGUGGACAGAUACUUCGGGAAAAAUCUUGCUAUACAGUUAAUAGAGUGCCCCUGACAAAGAAUAGGCGGCGGGCUCUCUUUGACGCCCGCAACCAGAGUGUUCAUUAGGCAUCAGAGAUUGAAGAAUUCUCCUUUUACUACACAGAAUUGUCCAGCUAACAUGCUAUAGCCUGUGACUAUUUUCUAUUCAGACCUGGAGCCUCUUUCACAGUAUUCUCUCAUAAAGUUACACCUUUCUCCUGCUACUCGAAUUCUUUGUGAAAACCAUGUUAAACUAAACCAGUCUCAAAAACUUCCUUCCAUCCAGUGGCAAAACAAUAAAUAAAAGUCAUGAAUACCUUUUUAUUUCUCAACAUGUCUCUGAUUGUCGCAGGGUUUGGCCCCAUUAGAAAGCUGAUGUCAAAGAACCAAACAAGUGCAUGUCGCUGUAGACAAGUUGGUUUUAGGCAAAUUGGGUAUAACUAAUUUCUCAACCGGUUUUGUUCUUAGGAAAAAGAACCAGAAGCAGAAGAUGAAGAAACUGAUACUUUUGACAUGGAUAUCAAAGUUACAGAUCCUGAAAAAAUUGGUAUGUGUAGACUUACAUGUACGUGAAAGUAAUAUUUCAUUAUUUUAUUUCAGGGUCUACAUGUAUAUCAAAUCUGUGGGUGCAUGAAAUAAAGGGUUAACUGAAUCUCAUCAUAAUGGCAAGUUCUCUGUUUGUGUUACAAGGAAAUAUAGGGGAAUUUAGUUUCUUUUUUUUUUCACUCAUCCAAUCCUAGCCUUCGAAAACAUCCAUUUUUCCUCACUCUUCGCCGCUUGGGACAUUUCUUACAGAGGAACAUCUGCAACUCAGUGACAGAAAUUUCACACUGAUGACGUAAAUCUGUCCGGAAUCUGGUCAGAAGAGCUGAUUGUUCGAAUGAGUAGAUACAUUGUUUUAGCUAUUGUUUAGGAAUGACAGACAAAAGACAAAAGGUCGCAAAGGUCAAAUGUAAAUACAAAGAAUCUUUAACAAAACGGUCAAUAUUAUUUGUGGAAUACAGUCUUCUCUAGAAGAAGCAUUUGAGCUUUGCUGGAGCUUGUUGGCAGAUGAACACAACACUUUACCAAAAUCGACCAGAAGACAUGCAAAAUUGGACAAAUUUAUAUUUGGAACCCCAUGACUACCAGAUGUAUCAUGUAAACACUGAUAUGUGUCAUCAGUAUGGAAUUUCUGCCUCUGAGUCGCAGAAGUUCCUUCUCGCAAAACAUCCCCAGCGGCGAAGAGGGAGGAGAAACAGAUGUUUUCGCAGGUUAAUCCAAUCCCUUUGAAUUUCUUUACCCCAACUGGAGAGCCGUGAAUCACAACUAUGCUUCUAAAGUCCACUGACAAGCUGUGCCCAUGACUUGAUAAAUUUAACUUAGCCUAUUACCUAUUACCUGUUAAUGGUUUAUUGCUAAUGUCAUUUCUUAUUAUGCAGGUGAUGGUAUGAGUUCUUAUAUGGUGUUCAAAGUAUCAACACAGGUAAUAUGAUUUGAAAAAAAUUGGUUGCAAAUAAAAGUGACUUCAAAGAUUUAUUGUACAGCUCCAACAUAGUCAUUUUUAAUGUACGUGUACAGAAUUACGUCUACCCUUUAUUGGAAAAGAUCUCAUAACUAUAGAAUGGAACUUUCCCAAUGGACUCAUAAUUGUCCAUGCAGCUCAUAUUUACAUGUAGGGCACUUUCCAUUCAACCAAAACUUCUGGUUUGAAUUUCCGGUAACUUCCAAUUAUUAGCAAAUGGAACAGCAUUUUCCAAAAUUUUCAAAAAGGAGGACAACCUCGCGAGGUACUUACAAAUUUUCAGCAACUUCUUCUCAUAAGUUUUUUUUCCAUUUAACCCUUUAAGUCCCAAUAGUGACCAACAUAAAUUUUCUCCCAAUGAUAUCGGUACAUUGUCAAGAGACUAGGUUAUGAGAAUUAAUAAAAUGAUCACCUAAGGGAAAAUGCUUUGAUCUUUUGUCAAAUUCUCUCAGCUCAUUCCUUAAGGAAAUGUAUAGAGAUCAGUUUGGAGAAUUUUUAUGUGGGUAUUGGGACUUGAAGGGUUAACAAUUUGCUCCCAUAAUUUCUAGAAUCUAUGGUUGAAUGGUUUGCAUUUCAGAAAUUCAACAGUUUCUAGAAUUUCUGGAAACUUUUCUGGGAAAAUUCAGUACCAUUUGGUGCUGUUUCCAAAUUUUAGAAAGUUUUGGUUGAAUAGAAAGCGCCCAUAGUAUCUAGGCUAGAACCUGGACUGCUGUAUAAAGCUGUAUGUAUUACGCACAGGUCAAUUAAUACAUAAUGAACUGGUUCAAGACUUCAGAGGUAGUACAUUGUUUUAUUACCACAGCUCUGUUUCGUAUGGCUAAAAGAUGACCACACUCAUCAGGUAAUAUCAGUGAUUGACCGUUAAAUUAAUUUAAUGGUCAAUUGCUGAUACAUGUAUAACGGUUACCUGAUGAGUGUGAUCAUCUUUUGGCUAUAGGAAACAGAGCUGUAGUAACAAAACGAUGCACUACCUUUGAAGUCUAGAACCAGUUUAUUAUAAUUAUUGUCAAUGCUCCUCUAAGAGUUGAGCGCUGUCUGAAAUACAUUCAAAUCAAGUUCAAGAAUUUGUAUUAUGUACAAGUCUGUAUUUUUAUAUAAUCCUUGUGCUUACCAUUUACACAAACCACCCCGAUGGAAUUCUUGUGCAUACAAGUGAAACUAUAAAAUUUGACAUGAUGGGAGGAUGACCCACGACAAACUAUGUCCAAAUAAGCUGAACAAAGUCUGGAAAGAGUAGAAAAAUUGCAUUGCAUUUAAAUCUCAGCCCAUAUGUUCUAAAGCUUCUUAAAUGGAAAGGCACAAAUCAUUUGAUUCUCCAUCCAGAAUUUCCAUUUUCCCUGUGUACAUGUACAUUUAAAUGAUAAGUACCCCUUGUCCCUUCCAAAUGAAGGUACAAUGUACAAGUCAAUGAUUGAACUGUUCCAGCCAACACAAUCCUUAGGGCUGUAAAGGUACAGUUUCAGAUACAAGGCUUGGUACAUACAACUUAGUAACUGAAAAUUUUAAGCUAGAUAAUUUUUGGUAGGUUUACGGAGACAUGGUUAUAAAAUACAGCACAUUCUUUUUUUUUCUUUUUUCAUUCUAGACUACCAUGCCAACAUUCAAGAAUGCAGAAACAACUGUCAAGCGAAGAUUCAGUGAUUUUCUUGGUCUUCAUGAACGACUGAACAGCAAAUUUCUUCACCUAGGCCGUAUCGUACCUCCAGCUCCAGAGAAGUCUGUUGUAGGUAGGUACAUUAAUAUACAGAGCUGCACAUGUCAAAAGUCUGGGACAUUCAGUGUGGAAUAGAAUUAUUAUUAUUUAUGCAAAUUGAAAAAUAAUAUUUUAUUACUGAGAUUAUAAUAUGUGUAGAGCUAUAUCUGUACUUUAGAAUGCUCAAUAAUUUAAAAAGCGUUCUUCAUCAUAGCCAAAAAUGUUCAGUGUUGUAGUUGACAGUUUUGAUGCCUGCCACCCAUCUUCUUCAAAACUAAAUACAUGUAUGCCAAAGGUGUCAGCAUCCUUAAAUAGGCUCUUGUAGGUAAAUUUCUUCAAGAGUUUUACAAAAUAAUGCUGCCUAACAUUACUGUCGUUGAAGUCCUCAUAAUCCUAUUGAACUUACCUCUCUUGAAAAAAAAAAAGGAUACGCCCUGUACGUGUACUUCAGCAAAGAUUUUUCUAAGCACUCAUUGGCAGCUAUUUUAACUGGCGGAAAAUGAGCUUACCACUGGCUCAAAUUACUCUAAAAAACAAAGCUUUGGGAUGUUUUGAAGGGGUAAUUGACUGAAAAACCUGCCUCUCCGUUAGCUACAACCCUGCUCCAGUUUGAAUAUUUUUCUUGAUGUAGACUUCUGAGCGUAUUCAUCUGUGUUAUGAUGUCAUUUUAUAGGAAUGACCAUGGUCAAGUUGGGAAAAGGUGAAGAAAAUACUCCAGUGGAUUUCAUUAACAAGAGAAGAGCUGCUUUGGAAAGGUAGGGAUGAUGGCGACUACAACAUGUAACACCAAUAAUGUCUACAGUAUUAACUGCUGUUCAUAGCCUUGUUAUGUUAAUAGAAGCAAGAAACUGAAAGAAUUGAAUGAUUUCAUUCCUUUCUGCUAAUUCCUACUGUUUUGGAGUGAUUCUCAGAGGCGGCAUCUAUUAGAUAGGGGCCGUUUACUCAAGAGGGGCUUCUAAUACAAUUUAACAGCAUAGAGGAGGUGGUUCUUAUAUGGAUAAGAGGCAUUUAUUUGGAAGUGGGCGUUUAUUAGGUCACUUACGUUGUGUAAUGUUGCAAGCUUAAAUGUACUCCCUUUCUUUGCUCCUCAGAUAUCUUAACAGAGUAGCACGGCAUCCAACACUCCGUGAAGAUCCAGACUUUCGACAGUUUUUAGAGGCUGAUGUGGUACUCAAUGAUUCACUAUUUGACCUUCUCUGUUUUUUGGCUUAAGUUGACUUUUUCUAUGUGCUAUAAAUUCCUACCUCAAAUGAUUUUAUGAUUUUUCCACUUCGGUUACAUGUACCCUGUUGCAGUUUUUUAUGUUUUUUGUGGCUUUUCUUGCAUUCCACAAAAAGAUUAAUUUGAGGAAAAAGGAUAUUCCUGCUGAGACAAAGCAAAACCACUUUUAAUGAGGCCUUAGCCUGUUAGCAUAAAAUUCCGACAAGCAACAUGGCCUUGAAAGAGAGACAUCAGAUUUGCUACAAGUUGACCUCUCUUAAUUUCUUAAAAGUGAGCGAAUUGAGCUUUAAUGCAUGAGGUCUUACAGCGACCAAGCGAGUGACAAAGUCUCAAGGUCGACUUGUUUCGCCUGAAUGGAUUUGAAUCAUAUCAUAAAUUCACUUGGGAAAAAAAGGAUUGACAUGUGCUGUGUCAGGAGUAGUGUGAAAUAUCACUCACUGUCCUAUUAGUCAAUUGUCAUGAGGUCUCACCCAUAGAAUUUUGGACCAGUGAUUUGAAAAUGAAACAGGUAUGAAAGGUCCUUUAAAAUGGCAUAACCAACCAGAAAAAAAUAAUAAAGGACUUUUAGAAAGUCUACAGCAAAAUGAGACUAAAUGAAAAGUGGAAAAGCAACAUAAAGAUGAGUUUAAAAAAGAUUGACAAGGACAUGUCCUACUCUUCAAAAUGGAAAACAACCAUACUGACUUUCCUACUAGGGACAUUUGUACCCCCCGCCCAGCCCCCCCAAGAGGGCCUUGUUAAGAUAUUGUAACUUCAUUUUGAAAUAUUUAAGUUUCACAUGCCUUAAGUCUUUCUUGAAUGUACAUCAGACAGAAAGCAUCUCUUAUUGUUUAUCAAAGGCAGUGUUUUCUUUCUGUUGUAUGUGGUAAAGCUUCCGUUAUUAAUUUUCUGUUAAUUUGUUUGUUGCUUUUUGUGUGUUAGUUGCCCCGAGCUAAAGACACUGCAGCUUUUAGUGGUGGAGGUUUGAAGCGCUUCGUUAAAUCUGUUGGGGACACCAUGUUUCAUCUCACCACAAAGAUGUCUGAAUCUGAUCAAGUAUGUUUCAACUGAAUUGUUAAUAGUAAACAUCAGAAGUAAAAGGGUCAUUUUAUUUUAUAAUAAGUAUACCCAAGAAGGUAUCUAAGCUAUCUAAGGCCUCUAAGCUGCCUUAACUAACUCAACCCUUAAACCAAAGUUGAUAAUAAAAGUUACUGAGGUAUUAUUAUACAUACUGUAAAAUGUACUGCAAAAUUGUUUUCAUGGUUAUCAAAAUAAUAUUAUUAUGAAAAUGUAAUUUGCACAGCUAAUUAAUGUCAAGCGAGCAAACAUAAAAAAAACUCCGUGGUCAGUGUCACUUCAUAAACUAUUAAGCAAGGGUUUUGCAAAAUCUGUCCACGUUCAUGGGAUUCUUUUGGUAUGCAACCAAUAAUUGUGAAUGGUAUAUGAAAUUUGUAGUGGUGAAGGCCCUGAUGUUGAGUUUAAGGUCCAUCUCAUAGCUCUGCACUAAUCACCUAAAUGUAAAUUUCAUGCACAUGUGUCUGAAUAUUUAUGCUAAAUGGAUUGACCUUCACUUGCAGUGGUUUGAGGAGAAGCAGCAGCAAAUUGAAACUCUGGACCAGCAGCUUAAGAAACUUCAUCAGAGUAUAGAAAUGCUUUUUGUACAACGCAAAGGUUGGUCUACAAUAAUUGAAAAAGAAAAGAAAAUUUUCGAGUUUUUUGAUUCGGUUAGUUGUAAGCCUUGAAAAGUACCUUAAAAAACUGAAAAUAACAAGGAAACAAUCACUUGUAAAUAACUUGAAUUUCCCCACAGCCUUUUUUGUAAGCAAAAAACUUUAGAAUUUGCUCAAGUCUUAUGCAAGUUUCUGUGCAAAUUUGGGUGUUUUCAAAGAAAUACAGUACAGACUCAGACCGUUUUUCAAAGACAUUUAUGACUUAAAAAUUCCUGUGUUUGGAAUACAUACACUGUACAUUGCAAAUCACCAAUUAUGUUAAGCAAACUCGACCAACAGCUACUUUUUUCUUAUUUGGAAUUUACCAACUUGUUCUUGAAAGUCAUGGCAACUGCAAUUUAACAUUUAUCUUGUUUUGUUUCUGCACUUAGAUUUGAGUUCUUCAACUGCUGCAUUUGCCAAGUCCACAGCAAUGCUGAGUAAGUAGAUUGUGGUGAAAAACCUACAGUUUUAUUUUACCACAGUACUUCUAAUAAUAACAUUCUAAAAGCUGCUGUUGAGCCUUUGAUAUACAUUUUGAUUGAAAAGAGCAGAUAAACAAUAUGAAUCUGCAAUAUACAACAUUCACCUGUAGCUACAUUGUACUAUUGACUUAUCUGAGAUGGUAGAACUUUAAGAGUGUUUUCAGCACCUACCUUUUAGAGCCUGUGCUAUUUUCUUAAACAGCAUACCACAUAAAGUGACAUUCUUAUAUAUUUUCUUUCUUUUUUUUUCUUUUUCUUUUUUACAGGUAAUGCAGAAGAGCAUGCUACACUGUCCCGUGCACUUUCCCAGUUGGCUGAAGUUGAAGAGAAAAUUGAACAGCUUCAUUUAGGCCAGGUAUACACAAGAUUGUAAUUAACUUUAGAUCUGACCUGUCAGCUAGUUGUCAGUAUUAGACCAUUGUAGCACCUUAACCCUUUAAGUCCCAAUAUCAACAUACAAAUUCUCCAAGCUGGUCUCCACACAUUUCCUUUAAGAAUUACUUGAGAGAAUUUAAUAUAAGAUCAAGGCAUUUUCUCUUUAGUAAUCUUUGUUUUAUAACCUU